UCAAAUUAUGUCCACGUCUGCACAAUCCAUCCCCGGAAAGAGGCUCAUUGUAGGGUGGAGAGAAGCGCGCGGCCAGGUGAGGGCUGUGGUGCUCACACCAGAACAAAGGUGCAACAGGACACUGCGCGGAGUUACAAGCUGUAACCUUUAAACACACAGUUUUCUUAAAAAAUGGAGCUGACACAAGAAUCCAUCCUAUCUUUGCUGCUGGCGGAGGGUGGCAAAGUGAAGAAAACGGACUUGGUGGGUAAGUUUAAAGGUUCAGUAGACUGCGACGAUCCCACAGAAAGACAACAGAACAGGGAGCUUUUUAAGACCUUCGUCAACAACGUCGCCUUCGUCAAAGAAAUCGACGGUGUCCGGUAUGUGGUCGUCAGGAAACAGUAUCAGAAGUUACUGGAGGGCGUCCAGACUGCGGGCAGCCAUGUGGAGAAGACUGGAAAUGAAGAUAUCCCGCUGACAGGUGAGCAGCAGCGCCCACCUUCGCGCACAGAGAAGACUGAGAGGUCUGAGGAUGCAGGAGAGGAGAGCUCAGCUGUUUCUGAAGCUGAUGAAGAAGAGGCAAGUGACAAUCCUACAGAAUCACUCUCUCCUAUAGAGCUGGCAUUGCAGAGGAGCAAAUUUACGGAAUUUAAAGUUAAAAGAAUGCUGAAUUUUGAGGUCCAAAAUCAGGAAACAAAUACAGACAGUUGCUCAAGAAUGGGUGUAAAUACACCUUCCACCAGCAUCCAGAGCAAACCAUUUGGCUUGCCUUUGAGAAUGCCACCCACCACCAGGGUUGAGAUCCGAAAACUGAAAGCAGACCCGGAUGAGCCUCCUGAAAGUCCAAAACUAGAUGUCUGCAGGAACAAAAGGAGGCCUUCUUCAGUGGAGACGGGUAGCGCUGUCAGCUCACCCCAGCUGAGGCGGGCAGUGAAGAGCACCAAGGCGUCAGAGGAGCCCAAAGAGACAAGGGUUCCCUCCAUGGUUCCCCUGGAGCACUCAGAGCACGAAUGGCUGGUCAAGUGUGCGGCCGGACACUGGAGCCAGGUUUACGGGCUGCUGCUGACGGACAACCAGCUGGCAGAGAAGAGGGACUUCAUGUCAGGGUUCACUGCCCUGCACUGGGCUGCCAAGUGUGGAAACAGUGAAAUGCUUGUUAAGAUUAUCGACAUAUCCAGGAAAGGAGGGGUUGACAUUGACGUUAACGCAAAGACACACGGCGGAUACACUCCCUUGCACAUCGCGGCUUUGCACGACCAGGAGUACAUCCUUGCCAUGCUGGUGAGGGAGUUCGGGGCCGACGCAAACAUCAGGGACAACUGCGGGAAGAAGGCCUACCACUAUCUGCACAAAGGCGUUUCUGAGACUGUGAGAGAGAUGCUGGGAGGACCCAAACCCCAGCAGGCUCACAACAGGGUCCCGCAAGAGAAAGAUGAGCUGGACCUGCUCCCAGAUCUCACCAAGGGCCUGCAUUCAAUAAGCCGUCUCUUCCAGCCACACGUGACAGGCCACAAGAAGAAGUACAAGCAGAGGCCAAGACUUUCCUCCAUGAGCGAUGACCCCGGCGAGGAACGGGAAGACGGCUGUAAAAUGUCCCAGUGGGUGCUGUGAGUCGUCCUCUUACUCACCGUCUGUGGUUUCCUGAAGGCAUCAUCACUUCAGUCUGUCUCUCUGCGGCUCAGCUUAAGGAGAGAGUCGGAUUCUAAAAUGAAAGCCGAACUUAAUUAUCUUAUAAUGUUUCAGUUUCAGUUAGUUAUUUCUGUGAAGUUGUGCCAUGUAUUCCCAUAUAUUUAUUGUGAUUUUAAAUGGACUGCAUAAAGAACAAAUCAGACAUCA